AUGCGCUUGCGGCGGGAGCUCAGUAGCCGCUCGAACGUCGGGAGAAACUUAGUUUUCUCAGAGCGCUUCAUCUUUCGAUUUGAGAAAGUCUAUUAAUUUUCCACAUCAAAAAGUUUUAAAAAAAGGAAAAAAAAUUUUGUCAAAAAUUAUUCAAAAAAAUUUUUUUUAUAUAAAAAGUGGAAAAUUUUUUUUUUUAUUUUUCAUAUCUACAAUAUUGUGAUUUACAGAAUUAUUUUCUGUACAUAUAUGUGAAAAGUAAAAACAGUGGUCCCAGGAAAUUUUUAUUCUAAAACCCUCUAAAUGGACCGUCAUAACGGUCCCGGAAGUGGUGACAAGAAUUACCAGUGAAAUGAACCUCUUUAUUUGGUGAAUCGUGUAUCGCGUGCUCGUUUCAAGUUUGUUAAGAGCGCACGAUGGGAAGUAACGUCAAGAAACGGCACGCAUUUACGUUUCUUCUUUUCCUCGUUAUCACCGAUGUACGAGGAUUAAUCGACGUGUCAAUACUGAUUCCUCCAGCCGUUGCCGAAAAUUCCACAGUUAACAUGACGUGUCUCUACGAUUUAGGAGAAUUUCCAUUGUACUCUGUUAAAUGGUACAAAGGAAAUAAAGAGUUUUAUAGAUUCAUUCCAAAGGAAUUGCCACCAAUGAAAGUGUUUCCACAACUUGGAGCUAAAGUUGAUGUAAAUCGAAGCAAUUCACAUUCCGUAAUAAUAAAAGACGUUCAAAUGGACUUGAGUGGUAAAUAUCGUUGCGAAGUGUCAACAGAUGCACCAAAAUUUUACACAAAAGUUGAAAGCGGUUUCUUAAAUGUUGCACGUUUACCGAAGGGAAAUCUAACGAUUAGAGUGGAAAAAUUACGUUACUCACUUGGUGAUACCGUGAGAGGCAAUUGUACGACUCCUGCUGGAAAUCCACCAGCAAAUGUAACAUGGACUGUCAAUGGACAUAAGGUUAAAGCAAGUUACGUUGCGAAUAAAUAUGUUUCAAGGAAUAUCUCUGCCGACAGUAGACAACAAACUAUGGCGACAUUGGAUUAUGAAAUUAUUUCAGAUAGCUUUAAUAGUGGCAGAUUGCGCAUUGCAUGCCAUGCUGCCGUCUUCCAUCUUUAUAAAGAAAAGGCUGAAAUCGUUGUAGAAGAGGAACGGCCGAGACUCGCUUCCGUAUUAGGUACACGGGAAUCUUCUUAUACUGGAAGUACGGCUGGCCGCAAAGAAGAAUGGACCUUUAUAGUGUUACUUGCCAGUUUGCUGCUCAGUGGUCUAAGAUAACAUCGAUAAUCUUUGACUUGUUUUUUGCGCGUUUGACUGUGACGGAGUGGUUGAAAGAGUAAAUUGUUUGUAUAAAAUUAAAAGUUAUGAAAGUGAGUGAAAGUUUAAAUGAAAGAGAGAGAAAGAGAGAAAGAAAAUAUGCCGAACGAAAUAUGGUAAAAAGAACCUUUUUUUUGAAAGAAACAAUUUUGUUUGAAAACGUAUCUGACGUACGUAUAACAAUUUGUGUAAAUAGAAAUAUUAAUUUAGUAAAAAUCGUCUACCUGUAAAACAAUAUGUCCACAAACGAAUUGGUGGGACAAAAUUGUAUAAUCCAAAAAAAAAUGAAAAUAAUAUGUCAUUAUGUAUUAGAUUAGUGAUGUUACAUGCAUACUGACGAAUCAGUUUUGAAAAAAUAUUGCCUACACGGUCUUUUAUAUUCUCCUGACUGUUACUUUGAUACCUCAGAGACGACACAGGCCAUUGCAAAACGUCCUUACCAGUUUUCGAAAAAAGAAUUUGAAAAAAAUUAUUGUUAUUGUUUUUAAUGGUAUAUCAGUUUAAUGACUAAUAAAUGAUUGACCUUCGUUAAUUUCUA